AAAACGCACCGUUUCAAUUGAGAUUGAAAGGCAGAAGUCAACAUGUAACUUGCAUUUCUCAUCUGAAAACUAAAGUAGAAGAACGCGUGGGUUGUGGCUGAAGAUCAGACGGCAGCAAAUCGUGAUUUCUUUACAGUGGGAGAGUUGAAAUAGUCUUGGAGGCGAAGAGUGAGAAGCGGGAAGUUUCAGUUCUGAUUAGCCACAGCCAUAACCAUAGCAAAUUCAAAAUUUAUUUUUAUUUCACUUUCAUUGUCUUUCAUCUUCGUCAAUUGGCACAAAGACUAAAAUGGGAAACUGGUUAAACAAAGAGCCUCCACCGCCGGUGGUUCUCGUACCGCCUCUCUUUGAUUUUCCUCCGCUCGCUGCCCGUACCAGGAUGUUAGAGUCUUCGUAUAAUUUGUUGUUUGGGAAACUUGCAUUGAAAUGCCUUUUUGAUGAUUAUUUUGAAGAAGCAAGGCGUUUUAGCGCUAGAAUUAUGUUGAAGCCUAUUGAUGAUCCACAUGUUGAUUUGAUUGCAACUGUUUCAGGUCCACUUGAUCAUAAGCCUGAAGAAAAAAUAGUGGGUAACGCUUUAUUUCGGUGGCAAAGUGAUGUGGAUGAUCCUCAUACAUUCAUGGACUUAUUUGUAUCAAACUCUGAUCCUGUUUUACAGAUAAGGUCAUGUUUGUACUCCCCAAAAUUAGGCAUUGGAGCAUUUGGCAUUUUUCCAGCACUAAUGAAGAAAAGAAUAUCAACUGAAGACUACGGUGUUAUGGGAUUGAGAUAUGGAUCAGAACGUUUAUCAUUUGGAGCCACACUUAUGCCUUUUGCUGUAAAAGAUGAGUUGCCAAAGUGUGCAUGGCUGAUAAGCAAGAUGGGAAGGCUCACUGUUGGAGUACAGUAUGAGCCACAAUAUGGAGGUAAAGAAGAUGUGAAACUUAAAAAUUUAACGAAUUGGAGUUGUGCUGUUGGCUAUGGAGUAGGAUCAGGCAGUCCCUUGAGCCCUUCUUUCAAUUUUGGCCUUGAAUUUGCUAAAAGUUCCCAGUUCAUUGCCUCAUUUUACCAGCACGUAGUGGUCCAAAGACGGGUGAAAAACCCCUUUGAAGAAAAUGAAAUCGUUGGGAUCACAAAUUAUAUUGACUUUGGUUUUGAGUUGCAGACAAGGGUUGAUGAUGCCAAAAUAUCAAAUCAUACCCCAGAAUCCUCUUUUCAGGUUGCAGCAUCGUGGCAAGCCAAUAAAAACUUCUUGCUGAAGGGCAAGUUGGGACCUCUCAGCUCAACAGUGUCUCUGGCAUUUAAGUCAUGGUGGAAACCGUCUUUUACUUUCAACAUUUCAGCUACUAGAGAUCGUACAACAGGAAAAACACAAUAUGGAUUUGGUCUCAGAGUAGAAAAUCUUAGAGAAGCAAGUUAUCAAAGAGCUGAUCCAAAUUUCGUAAUGCUGACACCAAGCAAAGAGCAUCUGGCGGAGGGUAGAAUUUGGAAAAUUGGCGAGAGACCAAUGCUGCAAUCGGAUAUAAAUGCCGGAAAUUUCGAAGACUUCCCCAGGGAACUAAGGCCGAUGAGGAAAAUUUUGUAAAUUUGACUCUGUUUGCCUCUUCCUAAGUAGGAAAAUUAUUCCCGUGGU